UUUAGCCACAGAUUUUGUUGUCUCAAUGAUAGUAUGUCUACCAAAUCUUCCUCAUUUAAAUUAUCAAAUUGAGAUCCCCGUUGGUAUUUUUCCUUUUUGCUGACCAUCAUCCAAGGGCCACGAUUCGAUCUCUCAUCUAGGGUUUAAAACAAAAACAACAGGUAUUAGGGUUUUUCACUACUGGUUGUUGCCUCAGCCACCGUCAUCAUCAUGGCUGAAUACUUGCCGGAAGAAGUUGUAGUACAAAUAUUAAGCAGAUUGCCAGCCAAGUCUGUUUUAAAAUUCAGUUGCGUGUGCAAGUUAUGGAAUCGUAUCGUAAAAAGCCCUGAUUUCAUCUCUACUUUCUCAUCAAACAAACACGACUCCUACGUCUUUCUGCUACACUCCGAUAGUUCUGACUACCAAUAUUCUAUGCAUCUCGAAAACAAAGAUUCCCAUCAGUACCCGUCUCUGCAUCCGCUUUCUAACCCAGCCAGCCGAAAUCUCCAUCGCUACUUUAAAGUGAUUGGCUCUAGCAAUGGUCUUAUUUGCCUUUAUUUUAAUUUGGGAAAGGGCUUGCCUAAGUUUAUUAUUUGGAACCCUUCGAUUAGAAAAUCAGUUCAUGUACCUCCGAACAAUCUUGUGGGUCCCGAUCAAUUAAUUGGGUUUGGGUUUGGAUUUGAUUCGAGAACCAACGAUUACAAACUGCUGGAGGAUGGUUUUAUGUAUUCACUCAAUUGUAAUUCUUGGAAGAAAAUCAGUAAUAUUCCCGUCGAGAAUAAAACUAAAAGAUUUUGGUUAAGUACGCCGCUUUUCGUCCAUGGAAGAUUCCAUUGGCUUGCGAUGAGUGAGAAAAAGAAUAUGGUUUUGACCUUUGAUUUAAGAGACGAGAUGUUUGGAGGGAUAGCAAUACCUCAAUGUUUGGAAAAUGUUGGCUAUAGACAUUUGAAAAUUAAGGCAUUUGGAGAAUCUUCGAUGGCAGUCACCCAUCAAAUUGGCAACAGCCGGGGCGAGCAUGAUAUAAGGGUGAUGAAGGAGUACUGGAGCAGUGAAUGGACCAAGUUAGCUGCAGUUGAAAGAGUACCGGCGUGGUGCUGGAAACAAAAGGUGUCUCUGGUUAGAGAUAGUGGUGAAGUAGUAUUGAUUCAGUUUGGACCUUAUAGAGAAGAACCACGCUUAGUGUUGUAUAAUAUAAAGAAUGGACUGAUGCAAAAUGUGAUGAUUAUGAGCACUAAAGAUGAAAGUAUUUGUUGUUUUCGGCAUGUCGAGAGCUUAGCAUUGUUCCAUAACAAUGUAAUGAUGCUUCCAACGGGAUAUAAUUCCUACCAGCAUUAUGAUUUUAGUUUGAUAUUUGAAUUUUAG